AUGGGCUGGGUGAUAGUGGGGAACGUAUGCCUCGGGGGGACGCAUAAACCGUCCACUGUUGACACCUUCUUCACCAGCACCCGAGAAGGAAGCCGCCCAACAAACUUUGAGCCUUGUCCCAACACAUUCCGAGCCAAGGAAAGAUACUGCCGGAAAGGAUUGGGCAGCUCCGUCUUUCAACCGACCAAGGAGGACGACCGACUGGCCUACUCCAUAGAGGACAGAAUCUUCCUUGAUAUCAUGGAAAAAGGUGUGAAGAAGAAUAGUCACCGCAGCUGGGUAGCACCUCUUCCAUUCAAGCCAUCCAGACUGCGACUUCCUAAUAACCGACAACAAGCAGUCAGUCGGCUCAACUCGCUAACUCGCCAAUUCAGGAAGAAACCGUAUUUGGCACAGGACUUCUUCUCCUUCAUGGAAAAAAUCUUCGCUAACGCCCGGGCAGAAGUGGCCCCUCCACUCAAACAGGAAGAAGAGAGAUGGUACUUGCCUAUGUUCGGCAUUUACCAUCCAAAGAAACCGAACAAAAUCAGAGUCGUCUUUGACUCCAGUGCCCAAUAUAAUGGAGUCUCGUUGAACGACGCCCAAUUAACCGGGCCCGAUCUAAACAACAAUUUAAUAGGAUUCCUGAUCCGUUUCCGAAGGGAGCCCGUAGCAAUCAUGGCUGACGUCGAACAAAUGUUUUACUGUUUUCUCGUUAAAAGAGAGCACAGGGACUUUCUGCGGUUCCUGUGGUAUAGAGACAAUGACCCUGAUAAGGAAAUAGUCGAAUACCGGAUGAAAGUCCACGUAUUCGGCAACAGUCCUUCACCGGCAGUGGCAACUUACUGCCUAAGGAAAUCUGUCGAAGAGACACACCCGGAGUCUAGCCCCGCUGUUGUUCAGUAUGUCCACCGUGACUUUUAUGUGGACGAUGGACUAAAGUCAGUGCCUACUGUAGGAGAGGCCAUCUCCUUGCUGAAGGAAACCCAAAAUGUUCUGGCAGCAUCUAAGUUGAGACUACAUAAAAUAGCCUCCAAUAAAAAGGAGGUUCUGGACGCCUUCCCUACAGGAGACCUCGCCAGCGACAUCAAGGAUCUGGACCUCAAUGAAGAGGCUGUACCGAUGCAACGUAGCUUGGGACUUGAUUGGGACCCAGAGAGUGACUGCUUCACCUUCCGAGUUGCAGAUGAAAAGAAGCCUUACACACGCAGAGGUGUCUUGUCAACAAUCAACAGCCUCUAUGACCCCCUUGGGUUCGUGGCUCCAGUUACCAUCCAAGGCAAGUCCAUUUUACGGGAACUCACAUCCGAUAAGGUUGAUUGGGAUACCCCUUUACCCCCUCAGAAGGAACAACUUUGGACUGCAUGGCGCGAUUCCCUUCGAGAACUCCACAACCUCCAGAUACCAAGGACUUACACCACCAAAUCGCCAACUACAACAUCCUUCAGGCAGUUGUGUGUCUUCUCGGACGCGUCGACUAAGGCAAUUGCUGCUGUAGCCUACCUCAGAGUCACCUAUCUCGAUGGUACUUGUGAGGUGGGUUUCAUCAUGGGAAAAACGAAAUUGGCACCACAACCUGAGACCUCUGUGCCCAGACUGGAACUCUGUGCUGCCGUCUUGGCAGUUGAAUUGGCAGAUAUCAUUCUCUGA